CUGCGGAUCAUCAAGCCUUGCAACCAUGUGCUGAGCCUGUCCUUCCCCAUCCAGCACGACAACGGCUCCUGGGAAGUCAUCGAGGGCUACCGGGCCCAGCACAGCCAGCACCGCACGCCCUGCAAGGGAGGUACCCGUUACAGCACUGAUGUGAGUGUAGACGAAGUGAAGGCUUUGGCUUCUCUGAUGACUUAUAAGUGUGCAGUGGUUGAUGUGCCAUUUGGGGGUGCCAAAGCUGGUGUUAAGAUCAAUCCCAAAAACUAUACUGAUAAUGAAUUGGAAAAGAUCACGAGGAGGUUUACCAUGGAGCUGGCAAAGAAGGGUUUUAUUGGUCCUGGCAUUGAUGUGCCUGCCCCAGACAUGAGCACUGGUGAGCGGGAGAUGUCCUAGAUUGCUGACACCUAUGCUAGCACCAUAGGGCACUAUGAUAUUAAUGCCCACGCCUGUGUCACUGGGAAGCCCAUCAGUCAGGGUGGAAUCCACGGGCAGAUCUCUGCCACUGGCCGGGGUCUUUUCCAUGGGAUCGAGAACUUCAUCACUGAAGCUUCUUACAUGAGCAUUCUAGGAAUGACGCCAGGGUUCGGAGAUAAGACGUUUGUCGUUCAGGGGUUUGGUAACGUGGGCCUGCACUCUAUGAGAUACUUACAUCGUUUCGGUGCUAAAUGUAUUGCUGUUGGUGAAUCCGAUGGGAGCAUAUGGAAUCCAGAUGGUAUUGACCCAAAAGAACUGGAAGACUUCAAAUUGCGACAUGGAUCCAUCCUGGGCUUCCCCAAGGCAAAGCCCUAUGAAGGGAGCAUCUUGGAGGCCGACUGUGACAUCCUGAUUCCUGCUGCCAGGGAGAAGCAGCUGACCAAGUCCAAUGCACCGAGAGUCAAAGCCAAGAUCAUUGCUGAAGGUGCCAAUGGACCGACAACUCCGGAAGCUGAUAAGAUUUCCCUGGAGAGAAAUAUUAUGGUUAUUCCCGAUCUCUACCUGAAUGCCGGAGGGGUGACGGUGUCCUACUUUGAGUGGCUGAAGAAUCUCAAUCACGUCAGCUACAGCCACCUGACCUUCAAAUACGAAAGGGAUUCCAACUACCGUUUGCUGAUGUCUGUUCAAGAGAGUUUGGAAAGAAAAUUUGGAAAACACGGUGGGAUGAUCCCCAUUGUGCCCACGGCAGAGUUCCAAGACAGGAUAUCGGGUGCAUCUGAGAAGGACAUCGUGCACUCCUGCUUAGCUUACACCAUGGAGCGCUCUGCCCAGCAAAUCAUGCGUCCGGCCAUGAAGUACAACCUGAGGUUGGACCUGAGGACGGCUGCCUACGUCAACGCCAUCGAGAAAGUCUUCAAGGUGUACAAUGAAGCUGGUGUGACCUUCACAUAGACGGAUUGUAGCUG